ACACGUUUGGACUUGAAGUUACCUUGGAGUCGCUGACAAUAUGUAAUAAUACUUGGAGUUGUUUGGCUUGACUCUGAACUUGGUAAUGUUUCAAUAAAGUUGUUGGAUUUGGGUUGUUUUCUCAGCCGCUUUGCCAGAUGGAGGAAAUUCCAUUCUUUCCUUCAUCUGACAGCCCUCUCAUUCGUCGCUUGCUGGUGGCUGAGCAAAUCAAUUACUCCGUAUACAAGGGCUGCCUUCGAUGCAGGAAAAAUAAAUCGUGAUGCUCUUCGACCACCUGCUGCUGUUGGAACCCCGCCCGAUCAACCUCAACCAGCAUCCAACCACAAGAGCAACUCAGCGCAUCGAAAACAAAUUGCCGCAGAAGCUCUAACCCAAGGCAUCAUUCCUUGGUCACAACGGUUGACAGCUGGAAAGAUCGCUGGGCAUCCGCAUGGUGGUGCGAUGACAGGAACAGGAACCGGGGCUUUGGCGCCAAGCCAUCCCACAGCAGUACAUCAAAGCCUCCAGGACUCCUUGGCUGGGUUCAGGACAGCUCUGACUGAUGAGCAACGCCAAACGCUAGAGAACAUGAACGGUAUUCCCGACACACAAGCCGUUCUCGUUUUUACAGCCGGGCUGGAUUCUAUCAACAGACGGAGAAAAGGCAAAAGUACCUCUUCUCGGCUGCACUCAUUCCUGUCGUCGGUUGGGGGCUUCUGCAACACCAUGACCAAAGGAAGAACCAACAACAUUGUGGAUACUUAUGUAUCGUCAAACCCCGAGAUUGCUGCAUUGGUUUGGGGAAGCAUGAAACUGGCAAUGACGGUUCUCGCGAACUUUAUGUCGUACUACGAUGGCGCCUUUGAGUUGAUGAUGAAAAUAACCGAGCUUUGUCCAGCUGUUUCUGAAUAUGGUGCAUUGUACCCAGAUUCAAUGGCGCUCCAAAAGUCUUUGAGCGAUUUCUAUGCAUCAGUCAUCGAUUGCUGCAAGCGCUUAGUAGAGGAGACGCAGCGCAGUGGAUUUGUCCACUUCUUCACGAAGCUCACAAAAUCAAUCGAUGAGAACUUCAAGCCAGACCUAGCAAAAGUUCAACAUUGCCGGGACCUUGUCAACUCUCAGGUGGUACUUGCUAAAUUUCAAGCCGAUCUACGACAUCAGCAACUCCAAGCAGAGGAACGGCAGGAAGCCAUGAAAAGCAGAUCGAGGCUUUUCCGAUUUUUGUCAUCAGCAGAACGCAGUAUCGAGAAGCAAGACAAUUGGCAAAUUCGAGAGUCUCGCUCGGAAUCAGAGAAGAGGAGGCAGCGGCUGCUCGAUUCUCUCUCUGCGCACGACUUCAUGAGACCUUAUAAGCAGAGUAAUGAGAGACGCUAUGGCAACACUACUGAUUGGGUGUUCAAAACAUCCGAGUUUCAGCGCUGGCUUGAUGGGGAAAGCACUGUUCUUUGGUGCUCAGGAAAAAUUGGUUCUGGCAAGACUGUCGUCGCCUCUAGUGUGAUCCAGCAUAUCCUUAAAGCCAAAGGCUCCCUUGGCUGUCCGGUCUCUUUCUUUUUCGCCCAAGCAGACGACGCCGACUCACUUGAUGCAGAGACCAUACUCAGGUCUAUUUUGUACCAACGACUACUAAACACCAAUAUUUCCGAAGAAAUGGAACUGAAAAUCCGAAACACGGUGUCAACAUCGGCUUUUUCAGACGUUCUAGAUCUGCUUCGCGAAGUGAUACCAGCGCCUCAAACGUCCUAUAUAGUACUCGAUGGGCUUGACGAAUGUAACAAGGAAAAUCGAAAAAUGGUACUCAAAGCAUUGUCGGCACUGGCUUCACCUAACAACAACGUGCGGCUCUUCCUCUCAGCUCGAAGCAGCCUUCAGGAAGAGGUCGAGAGAUAUUUUCCCGUCAUAGAGCGCCUCAAGCUGGGCCAUGAAUCUACAAACGAGGACAUUGCGGCAUACAUUAAAGGCUUUAUUGACGAGAGAAUGGACGAUGGCGACCUGAAAGUUGGAGACCUGUCGUUGUUGGAUGAAAUCCAGAGGGUUCUUACGGAAGGAGCUCAGGGGAUGUUUCUCUGGGUGGUUUUCCAGCUCCAAGAUAUUUGUUCGCAACAUUCCGACAAGGAUAUCCGGCAAACGCUGAACAGCCUCCCAAAAGAUCUUGCCGAAACGUUCCAACGAAUACUUUGUCGCAUCGAGAGCCGGAAGCAUGACGCAGCAGCCCAAAACGUUUUCGCGUGGGUUGCUGCAUCUAAGCGACCGCUUUCCCUUGAAGAACUUCGCGAAGCCCUUGCUAUCUACAUUGGUCAGCAAUACACCGAGAGAGAUCGCUUUUACAACGACAUGGAAAACAUUGCUUCAUGGUGCGGAAAUCUGGUCCAAAUUGACGAGGAAAGCAAGCUCGUACAGUUUGUUCAUUCGGCCGUCAAGGCGUUUCUCUCGGAAGAAUCAAGCGUCCAUAAUCUGCGAGGUUUUCACCUCAAUCUCCGGGACAUUGAUCACAGACUUGGCGAGCUAUGUGUUACAUAUCUCGACCUGAACGACUUCAAAACUACGCUCGCAAGACGCUCCAGACCUGUAGUUGUGGAUCCAUCCAGGGUGGUAGACACAGUGCUCCAACCAGGCUCAAAGAAGACUGCAAUGCUCUCGAAAUUCGCUUUCAAGGAUGCCCGAAAACAUGAAGUGAAACUAGCAGCAUCGUCGUCUUCUUCAUCAACAACAUCCAAUUUGAAAGCCGAACAUCCAUUCUUGAACUAUGCAUCAAUCCACUGGCUGUCGCACACAAAGAAUUUUGGGGAAGACCUAUCCAAGACAUGGAACCAGUGGAAAGCAAUGGUUGUCGGCAACUACAAGAUCGCGCAGACGCCUUGGAAUGGCGAGUUCUACCACGAGAACACAUGGGAUUGGGCACACCGGAAUCGCCACUACGCAUUGAUACGUGUUCUGGUUACGCAUUCCGAAGACGGUGUCCGAUUUCGCCCACACCUACCAGAAUUGGUGAUCGAUGGCGACCUUGUUCUUAUAGAUGCAUUACUUGAGGGCUAUUGGCCACCAGAAAUGCUAACUGGCGCGCUUAAUUAUGCCUCGCAAGGGGGCAAUUUGGAAAUUGUUAAAAGGUUACUCGCAGCAAAUACCGACAUGAACACAUAUACAUAUGCUGGAGGAUAUAUCGCGUUAGGAGCCGCAGCUUCAGGCGGUCAUUUGGAAGUGGUCAAAGAAUUACUCGCAUCAUAUGUCGACGUGAGCGCAGAGCCUGCAGACUUUGGUGGAACUGCUUUACAAACCGCGGCAGGACAAGGCCGUUUGGAAAUUGUCAAGAUACUGCUAGCGGCGAAAGUCGAAGUAAAUGCAGAACCUGCGACUAUAGGCGGGCGGACCGCGUUACAAGCCGCAGCAGAGGAAGGCCAUUUGGAAAUCGUUGAAACGCUGCUUGCAGCAAAAGCCGAUGUAAACGCAUCUCCUGGAGAAUUCGAAGGGCGGACCGCGCUACAAGCCGCGGCAGAAAAUGGCCAUUUGGAAAUUGUCAAUCUACUCAAGAGUGCGGGAGCUGUUGAAUAAAUCUUUUGAAACAACAGAAGAUAACGCCUCUGCUGAUUGAUCCAGGGUUUGGGUCAAACCGCGACUGCGAAAACCAUAGCAACAGCUUUGACUACCUUGGGCAUCUAGCCAAAACAUCUACUCUACCUGGAUGUAUAUAUAGGAUAAUACAGUAGAGAAUAGAUUUUUUUCACUCAGCAAAGCGUCACCAAGCAAACCAGGGGAUUCAGCAUCAGGCAGCGCCGAUGUGACAACCUGCCCGAUCCCCCCCGUCUCUGGAUAUGGUCUUCUUGCAAGUUUACAUGUAGCACCGCAAGGAGCUGCUUGCCACCUUUAGCUGCCAGAGAAGAAUCCGACAGACGCCAGAGGGGUGUGAAGGAUUGACACACAAGGCAGACUGGACGUCUACGGGGCAUGAACUAGAUGGACAGUGAUUACAUAUGUUUUUGUCGUUUUAUUUUCAUUUUACAAAUAUAGAAUACCAAAUAGCACCACGAACGAGUUUGAUCCGCAAAUUUCCC